AUCGUGCACCGACUGUAGACGACAUCCACAACCUCAUCAACAUGCUAUCAAGGAGCGUACUUCCGGUGCUGCUGGUGCUGCAAUUUUCCGGCCAGCUACAAUGUAAAGGCAUACGGGCUAAGUUUGCCAACUACGAAACGAAGUUCAUAAACGAUUUUAUCAACUUUACCCGUCCUGCUGGCGAUAUCAUGGAACCGAUCUACUACGAUUACGACGGUGGCACUAAAACGUCCGACUACGAGACGGGCAUGACGUUGGGUGGUUUGCCAAUACCGGAAGAGACACCUGGUCGCUCUGCCGUGACAAACGGUGAGGUAACCCGACCGCCGGACAUUUUUCCCGAUCCGGACAAAAUAUACGCUUCCUUCAUUAACAAAAGCACGAUGAAACGGAACCGAUAUCCUGGGGAGGAGAAUGUGAUAAAAGUGUAUUCCUCGAAGUCGUUACGCAAGUCACCGCAGGCCCACACGACGGACGAUGAGAGUUCCUUCGAUAAUCUGAACAACGAUAUGAAGGGGCAUGAUUUCAUCGACAACAUCAUGUACAUCUACUACGGCACUAAUGGGAAUUUGCGCAAAGAUCUCGGCGGGAAUGUGAUCGUGAUUGGAGCAGUCUUUGCGCUGGCACCACAGAUACUGACGAUCAUCAUACUGUUCCUGAGGAAUCGUCGUCUGCGUCACUUUAAUGCGUUCUAUCCGAUCUGUCUGAAUCUGUUGCUGGCCCUGAUCGCGUCAAAUUUGUCCUUCAUACUGGGCGUACAGGCAACGCGGAAUGUGAUCCGGUGUGAGCUGAUCGCAGUGCUGCUGCACUAUUUGCAUCUGAGUACGAGCAUCUGGUGCUUUAUCUACAUCUACGUGAUAUACGAUCUGCUUGCGAACGAGUGUACACCGAAGUUGAAGUAUCAUUAUCUGCUGGGUUACGGUAUCCCUGCGGUGUACGUGUUGUUUUCGUACGCGUCUGCUAUUGAUCGGUUUGAGGUGCAUCGAUACUGCUGGAUGUCGAUCCAGAAAGGUAUGAUCGUAAGUUUUAUGGUGCCGAUAUCGUUUCUGAUCAUCCUUACAACCGUGUUGGGAACACUGAGUCUCAAGCGUAUCUCCACCAAGCAGACGGAGCUACUGUGCGAAAGCAUAGAAAGUAUCAUCGAGACAACGUCCAAGUGUAACGACAUCAUAUAUCCGCGUUUGCCAUCAUUGGCCGGCGUUAACAUGGCCAUGGUGUGCCGAAGCAACAGCUAUCCGCAGCUAGAGCAAGUGAAAGACCGUAACGUGUGCUGCCAGGAGUACGCCGAUUGCGCUAAUCGUCACUCGGUGGUAACGUUACCACAGCCGACCACCACAGGUAUGGCUAUUACACCAGGCAUGACGACGGCAGCUGCCAGCCAGUACGCAAUGAACGCAACCAAACGUUCGUUCGAUUGUUACGAUACACGGAUCGACCUGGGACAGCUAUCACUGGCAGAACUAACCACACCGAGCAUGGCGUCGGAUGUGCAGGACUUUACGGAGUUCAAGAAGGCGAUCAAGUUUGGACUGUUCUUCCAACCGAUCUUCUCCGUGUGCUGGUUCCUGGAGGUCAUUGCCCUGGAGAAUGUCCACUCGUGUGUGAUGCCGGUAAUAUUUGCCAUCAGUUUCAAUAUUCUGAAUUGGUGCAUGCUGGUACGGUCCUCCAAUGUCUGUCCGUACAUUAGCUCCACGAUGGAGAAAACGCUUGAAAACCAGCAGGUGGGAUCCUGCGGUGAAUCACUGAACGGUACGAUCGGUCCUGGAGGAGAUAACGACGCAACACAGACAAGCGUAUGCACCGAUACGAUUCCGUUGCUUUGUGCUUCCAACAGUGGAUCCGCUGUGAUUAGUCCGAGCGGUACUGUGUGCGCUUCGAUGAAAGGCUCCGGAGCUACGGUUGCCACCGUACCACGCAAAUUCUCUGCCACUUCCGUCACCGAAGAGCAGCAGCAGCCGCUGUUCUAUAGCAAUUUCAUUGGAACAACAAACGUACCCAUGUCGUGGGAAUCGAGCAUUGAUUUAGGCGCUUACCAUCUGCACGAAACGAAGAACGCUGACUGCAUCAGCACUAUCAGCAACUAAGAGAUGGCGAACACGGACGUCACCGAGCAUUUUGUGUUGGAAUUGUCCCGAACGCGUGUGAAUCGCGUCCUCGUGGUCAGACUAAGGAAAUUGGAACUGGAACCAUAUCAAGACGAUACUCCUCGUUAGUUGAGAAAAAACAUUUUUGGCUGCCGGGCUGAUCUUAGAUCGGAUGCGGACGGUGGCUUCUAGUUUGUGAUAAAGUUGUAGCGGUUAGCUGUUCCCGAUCGUCACAGGAUCGUUCUUUAGAUGCAGUUGCAUAUAAAUGCGGAAGAAUUCCUCGUCUUUGCCCAUUAUCAAACUAACCAGUACCAUUUAAACUCUUUUUAGAAUGAGAUGCAAGGAAUCCUCGAAUGACAAUUGAAAGUUAUAGGCCAAGGAAGGGUUAGAGAAACUAAUUUACAGUUUUAUUUGGUUCUCUAUAUCAGGAGUCUCCAAACUGCGGCCCGCGGGUCCUCGAGAGCUUCCUACUACGGUAGUUUCAACCAAUGCGGUCUGUGGACUGAAAAGUUUGGAGACCUCUGGUCUACAACCUCUGGUACAUCUCUCUGGUCUACAACAGUUUGUUUUUGAACUUAGAUUUCGUAAAUUAUAUAUUAACAAACGAAUAAUUCUAUUACAUCUCGCCCAAAGAAUGGUGUUUUUAUCGACUUACUUGCUAGUGUACAUAAAGUAGAACAUCCUGUAUUGCGCUUUUAAUUAUGGUUGAUAUGUUUGAACUGGGUGUUAACAUUACAUCAACGUAAAACAAAUUUUGGCAAUUCGGAGGCAGUUUUAAGCAAUAUUAUACCUUGAAAAGAAAUGAAUUCUUUGAUAAAUCUUCUUAAGAGAAACAGCGGUGAGCGACAGGCACCAUCAAGUAUGACAUAUUUUAACUCCUCCAGCAAAUAUCUACUACUGAACAACGCACACAUCUGUUUCGUUGCGUCUAGAAAAGGUGAUAGAAUCAGAAUUAGGGCAUUAAUAACAUUUUGAGGAGUAAUGGGAAACUGACAGAACAUAAGGGGAAGUUACCAACUACCCUUCCAAACACUCCAAACAGAAACGCAGGUCCUCCAAACAUUUGAUAUCAGGUUGGGUUUUGCAGGUGUAGCAAGACAGCACAAACAGCAGUAACAAGUGAAGUUUCCUUUUAUUGGUGCUUUGCCACUGAUUAGUACAAACGAUAUUCUAACACAAACAAAAACAACAUUUGGCCCUGAAGGAUGGGAUUUGUAUCUGUGCGUGUGGACUACGACUAUGAAGAGCGCAAAUCGAUGUUGCAUGGAAACAUUAGUGACAUUCUAGAUGUGUACACGAACGAAGAAUCAAGCAAGAAGUUUGAACGCGCGACUUGCUCCGAUCGAUGUAGCCCUUCCGAAGGCGAUGUGAUAGGGUGAAACAGAGCAAAAGGGAGAAAAAUCAACCACGAUUGUGAACGACCGUCUUAAUCGAAUAUAUCAAUUUAUACUACCCAACAAUCUAGACGCUGGCCAGUGUAGGGCACCGGCUGCGGUCAGCCACCAGCGUUUCACAUAAUCCAUUUCCAGUCUAAUAGAGCCUGUUGUAAUUAGCGAAUCUCAUAUGCACACACAGACGGACACACACACAUACACUUUUUACUCCUAUAACUUGUUUAUCCAGUUCGAAACAAAUUUGUAGCCAUCCCGCCAACAUUAAUAACGGUGUGGUGGAUAUUAAGGAUACACCAUUGGACGAUCCAAACCAAACAAAACCACGAGGACAUAAAGGCGCUUCACUGCUUCAAUACGCCUUGAAGCGUUGCUAGUCACGUACAUCAGUUCAGGUGAUAGUAUUAGUUAAAAACAAACAGCUAAAUGCAGUUUUAUGACGUGUUUUGCAUGACUUCAGGACAUGCCUAAAGCGAUGCAAUUUGUGUCAUAAAAAUACGUUCUUUGAUUGUUUGAUUGAUAUCACCUGGAAAGGUAGUAAGAACUUUGCAGAAAAAAAAACGAUUUCCAUCUCCUAUGGUCGCGUACCGAACAUUGAGUCAAACAAACGUAGUGACGAACUUUUUCUCAAAGGUGAAAGUAUCCUAGUGAUAAUAUUUACAUUGAAAUAAAGGUAUUUAGACAAGUGUAGC